AUGGCCCCUCGCAACCUUCCGCCCCUAACCGCGGCCCCGUCGCCUCUAGCCUCGGCCCCUAGCGACCUGUCGCCCCUAGACGCGGCCCCGGUGCCCCGUCGCAUCAUGGAGGGAUUGUGGAGCAGCAGUGGGGGGGAGGGGAUCUGCAGCACCAGCCCCCCCCCGCCCCCCCCCUUCUCCUACCUCCCCCUGCUGCGGGUGCAGCAGUGGGGGGGAGGGGAUCUGCAGCACCAACCCCCCCCGUCCCCCCACUUCUCCUUCAUCCCUGGGGGGGGGGGGUGCUUGGAGGUUCAGGGGGAGGCAGGAGGGAAUCUGCAGCACCCAGCCCCCCCCCACUACUCCUCCAUCCCCCUGCUGCGGGUGCAGCGGUGGGGGGGAGGGGAUCUGCAGCCCUGUGCGCCCUGCUGCCCUGUUCGCCCUAAGCGCCCCGCGCGCCCUGCUGCUCCUAUUGCAGUUGGGUAA